CUCGAAGAAACAUCUGCACGAUUCCUCAUAUCAUCAUCUCCCAUCAAAUCAAGUACAAGGUUGCCUACCAUGCCACUAGCAAUAAUCUCACCUGUCAAACACGCACUGAAAUCGAGGUUGCACUGCAACAUGUCCUUGAAGUCAACAAGGGAGAAAAAGCUCGAAGAAGAAGUGAAAAAUCUCACCAAGCAGGUCACAAUGCUCAAAGAGCAUGUAAGCGCCCUUCAAGCAACUGUAAUCCUCCAGGGAUGCUACUGUGAUCGAGUUCAUAAUCAUCUCGAGACGCAAGAGAAGAAAGGCUGUAGGGACAGUGACAAUAUUAAGUUAAACGGAGAUGGUAUGCCAAGGCUACUUACCAGUGACGAGGUCUUCAAGCAAGUCCUGCAAUACCAGGAGCAUCAGCAGGCCAAAGCAGCCGAGAAGGAAACAAGGAAAGCAGCACGGGAGGCACGAACACGCGAGAUGGAGGUGUGGAUGCAAGAGGAUGAGGUGAGAAAAAGCCGAAACAAGGCCAAGACUGAGCAGUGGAAGGUUGCUGUCAAAGAGUGGGAGGCCGAGCGAGUGCUUGCAAAGCAAGAGAGACGAAAACUGCAGUGGAAGAAGCCUGUUCGUGGAUCAAUUGAGAAGCCUUGCCCUAAGCCAAAGAAUCCAAGGAAAAUUGGUGGAAAUAUUGACGAGGAGGAUGGGCAAGAUCAAGGAGAGUAUAUUGACAUUCACGAAGGGUCGAUUGGUGAUGACAGCGAGUGCGAGGAUGAUGAUGAAUAG